AUGGUGCAGAGAGCCGCCUCCCUCUCCUGCAGGAAGCACCUCUUCUCUGUGGCCUGGGCCACCCUGACCCUCAGCCUCUUCUUCUCCUUCCACUCAGCUGGCUUGGCAGAAGCGAGGAGCAGCAAUGCCUCAGCCGUGGCCGCCCACCACCCAGACCCCGGGACCCUGGAGCAGUGCCUCAAUGUCGACUUCUGCCCGCUGGCCGCCCGGUGCUGCCGCGCAGGCGUGGACGAGUCCGGCUGGAUCGCGGCCGCCGUGGGCUGGAGCCUCUGGUUCCUCACGCUCAUCCUGCUCUGCGUGGGCAAGCUGACGACGCUGGCGCCCGGCGAGCCCAAGAACCUGGCGGCCUGA